AUGUCCUCGGCCGUGGGGCCCCGCGGUCCUCGCCCGCCCACCGUGCCUCCCCCCAUGCCCGAGCUGCCCGACCUGAGCCACCUGACCGAGGAGGAGAGGAACAUCAUCAUGGCAGUGAUGGACCGGCAGAAGGAGGAGGAGGAGAAAGAAGAAGCCAUGCUCAAGUGUGUGGUCAGGGACAUGGUGAAGCCUGCUGCCUGCAAAACCCCAAGAAAUGCUGAGCACCAGCCCCACCAGCCUCCACCAAAUAUAUUCAGAUGUAUUUGUGUAUUCAGGAAAUGUUAACCCUCUUUUAAAGAUGAAGGACCUGAGAGACACUGGAGACUGCAUCAACAAUUUGAAAGCUAUAAGGAACAAGUGAGAAAAAUAGGGGAAGAAGCUCGGCGUUAUCAGGGAGAGCACAAAGACGAUGCUCCAACCUGUGGAAUCUGCCGGAAGACCAAGUUUGCGGAUGGGUGCGGCCACGUGUGCUCCUACUGCCGCACAAGGUUCUGCGCUCGCUGUGGGGGCCGCGUCUCCCUGAGGUCCAACAGCGAGGACAAAGUGGUUAUGUGGGUAUGCAAUUUGUGUCGAAAGCAGCAAGAAAUCUUAACCAAGUCUGGGGCGUGGUUCUUUGGAAGCGGCCCCCAGCAGCCAAGUCAGGACGGAACCCUCAGCGAUACAGCUACAGGUGCUGGUUCUGAGGUCCCAAGAGAAAAGAAAGCCCGGCUCCAGGAGAGAUCGCGGUCUCAGACCCCGCUGAGCACAGCCGCUGCCUCCUCCCAGGACCAGGCUCCCUCCAGUGCACAGCCAGACGGGAGCAAAGGGGCUGAGCUGUCCCAGCCAGCAGGGGGCCCGGAGCAGAAGCAGGCUUCAUCCAGGUCUAGAAGCGAACCUCCCAGAGACAGGAAGAAGACCCCAGGGCUCUCAGAGCAGAAUGGCAAAGGAGCCCCGAAGGGCGAGAGGAAACGUGUGCCCAGGUCCUCAGUACAGCCCGGGGAGGGGCCCUCGGAAGAACGGGAGCGGAAAGAAAGGCGGGAAAGCCGAAGGCUGGAGAAAGGCCGAUCCCAGGACUACCCAGACGUGCCUGAGAAGCGAGAGGGCGGUCCGGCGGUGGAGGACGAGAAGCAGAGAAAGGAGGAGGAGUACCAGACACGGUACCGCAGCGACCCGAACCUGGCGCGGUACCCAGUGAAGCCACCGCCAGAGGAGCAGCAGAUGCGCAUGCACGCGCGGGUGUCCCGCGCCAGGCACGAGCGGCGCCACAGCGACGUGGCCCUGCCGCGCACUGAGGCGGCCGCAGGGCCCGAAGGCAGAGCCGGCCCGCGCGCGCCCGCCGCGGCUCGGGGCUCGCCGCCCGCCUCGCCGCGCGCCUACUCGGCCGAGAGGACCGCGGACGCGCGGGCGCCGAGUGCCCAGCAGCUCGCCAAUCGCAGCCCGCCGGCGCCCCGGCCCGGCCCGGGCCCCGCCGACGUCCCGGAGUCGCGGGCCCCGGAGCCGCUCCGGAAGCAGAGCCGCCUGGACCCUGGCUCGGCCGUCCUCGUGCGCAAGGCCAAGCGCGAGAAGGUGGAGACCAUGCUACGCAACGACUCGCUGAGCUCCGACCAGUCCGAGUCCGUGCGGCCGUCACCGCCCAAGCCGCACCGCGCCAAGAGGGGCGGCAAGAGGCGCCAGAUGUCGGUGAGCAGCUCCGAGGAGGAGGGCGUGUCCACGCCGGAGUACACCAGCUGCGAGGACGUGGAGCUCGAGAGCGAGAGUGUCAGCGAGAAGGGUGACUUGGAUUACUACUGGCUGGAUCCUGCCACGUGGCAUAGCCGGGAAACAUCACCUAUUAGUUCGCAUCCUGUAACGUGGCAACCAUCUAAAGAGGGAGAUCGAUUAAUUGGACGUGUUAUUCUUAACAAGAGAACAACAAUGCCCAAAGAGUCAGGUGCAUUACUGGGUCUGAAAGUUGUUGGAGGAAAAAUGACUGACUUGGGACGCCUUGGUGCCUUCAUCACCAAAGUAAAGAAGGGUAGCCUUGCAGAUGUAGUUGGACACUUGCGAGCAGGGGAUGAAGUUCUAGAAUGGAAUGGUAAACCCCUGCCGGGAGCUACAAAUGAAGAAGUUUACAACAUUAUUUUAGAAUCAAAAUCAGAACCUCAAGUUGAAAUUAUUGUUUCAAGGCCUAUUGGUGACAUUCCACGGAUUCCUGAGAGCUCCCAUCCUCCACUGGAGUCCAGUUCCAGUUCCUUUGAAUCUCAGAAGAUGGAAAGGCCUUCCAUUUCUGUUAUUUCUCCAACAAGCCCAGGAGCUCUCAAAGAUGCCCCACAAGUCUUACCAGGACAACUUUCCGUGAAACUGUGGUAUGAUAAAGUGGGACACCAGCUGAUUGUAAAUGUUCUGCAAGCCACAGAUCUGCCCCCUAGAGUAGAUGGGCGUCCCAGGAAUCCCUAUGUAAAAAUGUAUUUUCUUCCUGAUAGAAGUGAUAAAAGUAAAAGGAGAACCAAAACAGUAAAGAAAGUACUAGAGCCGAAAUGGAAUCAAACUUUUGUCUAUUCACACGUACAUCGUAGAGAUUUUAGAGAACGCAUGCUAGAAAUAACUGUGUGGGACCAGCCCAGAGUGCAAGAAGAAGAGAGUGAAUUCCUUGGAGAGAUCCUCAUAGAGCUGGAGACAGCACUUUUAGAUGAUGAGCCACACUGGUAUAAACUUCAGACCCACGAUGAAUCUUCACUACCUCUGCCUCAGCCAUCACCUUUCAUGCCAAGGCGACAUAUCCAUGGAGAAAGCUCCAGCAAGAAACUACAAAGGUCCCAGCGAAUCAGUGAUAGUGACAUCUCAGAUUAUGAGGUUGAUGAUGGGAUUGGAGUAGUUCCUCCAGUAGGCUAUAGGUCUAGUGCUAGAGAAGGCAAACCUGCAACAUUAACUGUGCCAGAGCAGCAGAGAACAACUCAUCACCGCUCACGAUCUGUGUCUCCUCAUCGCGGCGAUGAUCAGGGCAGGCCGCGUUCACGUUUACCAAAUGUGCCAUUACAGAGGAGUUUAGAUGAAAUUCAUCCAACAAGAAGGUCACGUUCUCCAACCAGACACCAUGAUGCCUCCCGAAGUCCAGUUGACCACAGAUCCAGAGAUGUGGAUAGUCAGUAUUUAUCAGAACAAGACAGUGAGCUUCUUAUGCUUCCCAGAGCAAAACGAGGACGAAGUGCAGAAUGCCUACACACCACCAGACAUCAUGUUAGGCACUAUAAAACAUUACCGCCCAAGAUGCCCUUAUUAGAGAACUGUUCUCACUGGAGUAUUUACAGUGACCUGCAGCCCUCCCUUGACAGGGCGAGGAGUGCUAGUACCAACUGCUUGAGACCAGAUGCUAGUUUGCAUUCACCAGAACGAGAAAGGGGUAGAUGGCCCCCCUCCCUAGAUAGGAGACGGCCUCCUAGCCCCAGGAUUCAAAUCCAGCAUGCGUCUCCGGAGAAUGACAGGCACUCCAGAAAGUCUGAAAGAUCUAGCAUCCAAAAACAAACUAGGAAAGGCACUGCCGCUGAUGCAGAAAGGGUUCUCCCACCAUGUCUUUCUAGAAGGGGAUACGCAGCCCUAAGAGCGACUGAUCAGCCAGUCCUUAGGGGAAAACAUCCCGCUCGCUCCAGGUCGAGUGAGCACCCUAGUGUCAGAACACUGUGUUCUAUGCACCACCUUGUCCCCGGAGGGUCGGCACCACCUUCUCCGCUCCUGACAAGGAUGCACCGACAAGGAAGUCCCACCCAGUCUCCUCCUGCAGACUCAGCCUUCAGCAGCCGCAGGGGAAGACAGCUCCCACAAGUGCCAGUGAGAAGCAGCAGUAUAGAACAAGAGCAAGAAAAAUAUAACUCAUCCACAAAAGCAAGCUUAGUAGUGGAGGAGCGUACAAGACAGAUGAAAAUGAAAGUGCAUCGACUUAAGCAGACAGCAGGGUCUGGGUCUAGUCAAGAACUUGAUCGCGAGCAAUAUUCCAAGUAUAACAUACAUAAAGAUCAGUACAGAAGCUGUGAUAACGUCUCUGCCAAAUCAUCUGAUAGUGAUGUCAGUGACGUGUCCGCCAUCUCCCGCACCAGCAGUGCCUCCCGCCUCAGCAGCACAAGCUUCCUGUCGGAGCAGUCUGAGCGCCCCCGGGGCAGAAUUAGUUCAUUUACCCCUAAAAUGCAAGGCAGACGGAUGGGGACUUCAGGAAGGGCCAUCACCAAGAGCACAAGUGUCAGUGGAGAGAUGUACACGCUGGAGCAUAAUGACGGCAGUCAGUCGGACACAGCUGUGGGUACAGUUGGAGCAGGUGGAAAGAAGAGGAGGUCCAGCCUGAGUGCCAAAGUGGUUGCCAUAGUGUCUCGAAGGAGCCGAAGCACAUCCCAGCUGAGCCAAACAGAGUCAGGCCACAAGAAGUUGAAAAGCACCAUACAGAGAAGCACAGAAACAGGAAUGGCAGCAGAGAUGAGGAAGAUGGUACGGCAGCCCAGUCGGGAGUCGACAGACGGCAGCAUUAACAGCUACAGCUCCGAGGGAAACUUAAUAUUUCCUGGAGUGCGACUAGGAGCGGAUAGUCAAUUUAGUGAUUUUCUUGAUGGAUUGGGACCAGCCCAGCUUGUUGGCCGCCAAACCCUCGCCACCCCUGCAAUGGGUGAUAUACAAAUUGGAAUGGAGGAUAAAAAGGGCCAGUUAGAAGUUGAAGUUAUUAGAGCACGAAGCCUCACUCAAAAACCUGGCUCCAAAUCUACGCCAGCUCCAUAUGUCAAAGUGUAUCUUUUGGAGAAUGGGGCCUGCAUAGCCAAGAAGAAGACAAGAAUUGCACGAAAGACCCUUGAUCCCUUGUAUCAACAGUCCCUGGUUUUUGAUGAAAGUCCACAGGGUAAAGUCCUUCAGGUGAUUGUCUGGGGGGACUACGGCAGGAUGGACCAUAAAUGCUUUAUGGGUGUGGCUCAGAUCUUGUUGGAGGAACUCGAUCUUUCCAGCAUGGUCAUCGGCUGGUACAAGCUGUUCCCACCAUCAUCGCUGGUGGACCCCACACUCACCCCUCUGACCCGCCGGGCUUCCCAAUCAUCUCUGGAAAGUUCAACGGGUCCCCCCUGCAUCCGAUCCUAAUGAACUUACACAAGAGUCGUUCCAGUCAGACUCUACCUUUCAGGAUAAAAAUCUGAACCAGAUAUUUCAUAAUCAAAAGCAUUAUUGGAGACAGACAAUCAACUUGUGUUUUUGCCUGUAGUUGUUUUUCAACAAUCUGUCCCAAUCGUUGUUUAAAACCUGGCUUCACAUGACAGAACAAGGCAGUCUAUCCAAUUACAGGAAGAGUCAACGUGCUAGUGAGAAUCACUGAUGCUUCUAAACAAAUAGAAAGAGAGGAAACUUCAAAUUCACACACACACACACACAUACACAAACCCCAAAAGGAACAAACUGGAAACUCUCACUCUGUGAAAAGUUGUGUUUUACAUGUUUCUGCACAAACCACAAGCAGUGUUAUUUCCCUGGUGUUUGAGAAAUUUUGUUUAUUUGUGUGUUAUUUGUUGAUUUCGGUUUCUUGAUUUGUUUUGUUUUUCACUGUAUUUGUUUUUUCCACUAGUUUUCAGCUGUGUCACGACAGGCCUCAUGCUGUUUACAGAGACCCUUCCUUUCUUUUUCCAAAAGCAUCAAAAAAAAAAAAAAAAAAAGGGCUGAAGCUGUCUCUGUAGCGUUUCUCCAAAGUGUGCACAAGACAAAUGAGGCCAUGCAGGGUUUCACCCACUUCCAUUUUUUAAAUUCUUCACAGACUUGUGUGUAGAAACCCAGAAAACAAAAAAUUAUUUUCCAAAAAACAGGUAAUCACAGAAGCCCUUUUUUGAAAGAAGAGCAUAUCUCUGUUUGCAUUCUAGAACACUGAUUUAUGUCUUCCAUUGUUUUGCAUGGAAGACUUUUACAGAGCUCAGUCUAUAGCUAGUGCUAACCACAUCCUUGUACCUUGGAAACACUACUUAUAAUGCCUUUUUCUUCCUGACAUCCAAAAAAAAAAAAAAGAGUAAAUGCUCAUGGGUAUUAAACAUAUAUUUUGACCUCCCAAAAUGGUGACUAGAAGUGGAUUUGAGCCUCAGAUAUUUUUGGCGAUGCCCAGGCUCCUUGGCCAUGUCUCAGUGUAGACACACCAUCCAUCCCAGAAAGAGCAUGGUAUGGCUGUUAAUAUUCCACUGGAAAUUCCAGUUGAAAUAUUCUGCACUAAACUAAUGUUUUUAUCAAAUUUUAGUUUACAUUUCUUUGAGAUUGAUGCAAGCACAAAGCUUGGUUUUUUAAAGCAAAGUAUCUUACUUUUGGGGGGGGGAUAAAACAAAGUCAAAUUUCAAUUUGCAUUUUCUUCAUCUGGGUUUUUCUGGGCCUUGAAUUCCCUUGUGACCUUCUGUAUAUGUGCAUCGAGACGUCCUCCCUCCUUUUAUGAGUCACUCAACUUUUGUGAUUACACAAAUAGAGCAGCAUGACUCAAAACUGUUCAAAGCCGCAUGCACAUUUCGUUAAAAAAAAAAAAGAAAAAAAAAAGAAAAAGAAAAGAAAGAAAAAAGAAAAGAAACAAAAGGCCAUUUAAUAAUGUAUGUUAGUUCCACAUAGGCCAGCUUGUAUGUUGCAUGUACUUGUACAGUUUGCUUGUUAAUUACUCUACUGAAAUAACCAAGAAAUCUAAGCCAUCCAUUUUUGUUAUAGACAUUUUGCAGGUUUUAGCCAGACUCAGUCUGUGAGUCUGGGGUGAAAUGUCUAUCAAUGGACUUUAUUUUUUACCCUCUGGAAAACGUGAUGGAGUAUGGACCAAAUUCCUCCUAAUAAAUAUUUUGGUGUAGAUUCCUCGUGUGGGGCUGUAACACAUGUAGACACUGUGUACACAUAGGUUUUAAUCCAUAGACAUACUGCCUGCACCAAGUGAAUUAUUUAUUAUUUACACACGCCAGAAUUACCUGCCCAUUGUUCCCAGGGCACAGAUUGACCACUACCCACCAUGCUGAGCAGGAAGAGCUGAAGCAUUGGUGAACUUCUACUAGAUUCCGUUCUGUCUUAGUGGCCAACGAUCAACUGAUUCUAAUUGGGUAGUAUCUUUCUAUUUUGACCACUUGUCUUAACACUCCCCUGUGCUUUUAAAUGAACUUCCAACUCAUGUAUGUAAACAUGUUUAAUAAAACUUACUUUUCAUGUCA